GCGGCGCCCGAUGAGGAGGAGCACUCAGCACGGGGGGAAGGGAGCGGGAGUAGGGGAGGGGUCGACGUCGGCAGCUCUUUGCUCUCUGGCGUGCGCGCUAAACCUAUUCCCCCUCUGUGCCCCCACCGCCUCAUCCAAAUCGCCUUCCCACCAUCCCCAGGGCCCACAUGUUCUGCCCAGUAACCGAUCUCCCCGCGCUGAUGUCCCAGAGCUCCGGUCCAGCCCUUAUAAGCUCAGCUCGCAGCUGAUUAUCGGACCACCUCACUUUCUGCCUCUCCCCCUCUCGUACGCUGCUCGCCUCCUCUCAUCCCCACUCUCGACCUCACCUCCUGCUGCCUCCCAUCGAAACAGAGUGUCCUCAGCUCAGUCAGCUUCCCUGCCUGGUGUCGUAGAUCUACAAGAAGUGUUCGGCCCCAACUGGCCCCACCGAUCGAGCUCACGAUUCCUCACCUGUCCAUCCAUUCUCUUAUAUGCCAAAGUCAGAAAACCACAGGUACCCUGUCGAAGCAGGGGCCAGCAUCAAGCUGUAGUGAAUCGCAUCGGGCCGGAAGAGUUCCAGUUUUUCCAUCGCAAUGGCUUACGCCAGGGGACACCACAGGAUUACUGAGGAUUUGCAGGAGCUUCAAAUUGAGGUGUUCCAUGGACGAACAGGGUUGUUCUUGACGGUUGAAGAGUCUUUGGGACGGGAAAAUGAUGAGAAUUCACCAAUGCUGGCCACACCGAGCGUGCAGGAAAGAGCUGCCGUUUUCAGACCAGCUCCCCGCUUGCCCCUCCAGGACAUCAGUCACUUGUUUCCAUCCAAUGUCCUCAAUACGAACGUCAAAUUCGAGACUGCACGCAAUCCCGUAGCGGACAGAGUUCGCAGGCGUCCCUUGGACAGCCCCACCCAUUCAAAAAAAAGAAGGCUCUCAGAGGAUACAUCUCCGAGCUGGGAACGCCCAUCCCGACCUGUCUCCAAGAGCAGCAGACCGUCCUCUGGUCUUCGAUCCUUUAGAUGAGGGGGCCAGAUGCGGAAGAAACGGACUUUGGCAAAGAAUCGCGAAGCAUUCUUCACCGAUGAAGUCCGAGAAUUACCUGUUGAAGUGUAACAAGUGGUUUGUGUCUAAGGUAGAGAGCUGUUGUUUGUGAGUAAUUACGGUGUUCAUCUGGGGAGCAUUAGAAACGCACUGAUCGGUGAUCGGCUCGAUCACUGACCAAAUUAGACGCACCGAGACCAACUCACAAACUCUGUGAGCUAGUCUUAUUGCUUGCCGGCCGAAUCAGACGCAGUGAGAAUUGGUCGUAAAAAAUUACGAUCAAGUACUUGAGAAUCUCUCUUCGCUCCAGAUCUACUACAGCCCCAGAGAAACCAAUGCGGCCAUUUUCUUCGUUCUGGGUUGUAGGAUCUCAUCGGGUUCCUGGGAUAUCAAGUCCCUCCAAUUUUGUAAGAACAGUCACCUCCCUCUAAAGGGGAAAUAUUCAGAUCGAAACAAAUUAUUUCAUCUUCCACUAUCCAUGAACUUCUUGUGACUAAAUAAUGGUAGAAUUGGGAUACGUGCCGGUACGCUAGCUGCGUGUGCAUCACGUACAGUCUUGGAUUCAAUUUCAUUUGAGAUUUAAAGUGAGAUAUGUGAUACC